UCUACCAUGUUGCUGAAAAUGUUGAAAUGUCGGAUUGAACUUUGUGACCAGACUACAAACUUGCUCUCUGAGAAAAGAAAAAAAGAGCUCGAAGCUGAAACAGAUAUCUCGCAUGAAGGAUGAGAAUGAUUCCGGGAGGCGACUCUGAGAAGUUUUUGGUCAGCUGACCCCAGCGUGCUCCACCACUUGCUGGAGCCUGGAGUAAAAUGGAGGCUACAUGCUGGAAUGUGAUGUAUGGGAUCCUCCAGGUGUGGUUGUGUGCAGUGUUGGGGCUCAUCGUGUUCCCUGCUAUGUUUGGGGUCUCGCUGGGCUUCACUGAUUUCUACAUUAAAGUGCUCGUCAAAACACUGGAGUGGGCCACCCGGAGGAUCCAGAGGGGGCAAAAGACACAGCCUGAACUGCCAGCACAUCUCCCCAAUGGAAUUAUCCAGAAGAACGAUGGUUCGAUGGAAGAAGAGAUCGGCGAACUGCGGCGUUCUCAUCCAAAAGCUCUCAACGGGGGAGACUUUACACUCUCUGACGUCUUUUAUUUUUGCAAGAAGGGCGUAGAGAGCAUCAUGGAGGAUGAAGUCACUCAGCGAUUCACAUCAGAAGAGCUGGCUUCCUGGAACCUUCUGACUCGCACUAACAACAACUUCCACUACAUCAGCGUGCGAGUCACCAUCAUAUGGGGUCUGGGUGUAUUCAUCCGCUACUGUGUCCUCCUGCCACUCAGGGUCACCUUGGCUGUUAUUGGACUGAGCUGGCUGGUGAUUGGCACAUCGCUUGUAGGUCUGCUACCCAGCAGCAGUGUGAAAAACUGGAUCAGUGAUCUGAUUCACAUCACAUGCUACAGGAUCUGUGCCAGAGGACUGUCAGCCACCAUCCGCUACCACAAUAAAGAAAAUCGCCCGAAGAAAGGGGGAAUCUGUGUGGCAAACCAUACCUCUCCGAUUGACAUCGUCAUUUUGGCGAAUGAUGGAUGUUAUGCCAUGGUGGGUCAGGUUCAUGGCGGGAUGAUGGGGGUGAUCCAGAGGGCAAUGUUGCGAUCCUGCCCACAUGUGUGGUUUGAGAGGUCGGAGAUGAAAGAUCGCCAUGCAGUAGCCAAAAGGCUGAGAGAUCAUGUUGCUGACAAAACCAAGCUGCCCAUUCUUAUAUUCCCAGAGGGUACUUGCAUCAAUAACACAUCUGUCAUGAUGUUCAAAAAGGGAAGUUUUGAAAUCGGAGGGACGAUUUAUCCUGUAGCAAUAAAGUAUGACCCCCAGUUUGGAGAUGCUUUCUGGAAUAGUGCAAAGUACAACAUGGUGAGCUACCUCCUCAGGAUGAUGACCAGCUGGGCCAUAGUGUGUAACGUCUGGUACCUUCCACCUAUGACUCGCCAGGACGGAGAGGACGCUGUACAUUUUGCCAACAGAGUGAAAUCAGCUAUAGCACAGCAGGGAGGACUGGUCGAUCUAUCCUGGGAUGGAGGCUUGAAGCGAGAGAAGGUGAAGCAGUCGUACAAAGAGGAGCAGCAGAAGAUGUACAGCAGUAUGAUUGUGGGACAAGACUGAAAGACACACGUCCAUGUUCCAUGUUUUCUCCGUUCUUUGGACUCAGAGUGAACCUGAGUGGACUGAGUUACACAGAAUCACUAUCAAUAGUCCUUUUAUAGCCUCAGAAAACAGGCACCAAAUGACUGAUUGAUUCAGGUAUCACAUAUGAACACAUCAGGUCAAUUCUCUGUAGACGCAGGCAGAUGUAGGCUGUGUAGGCCUAAUUUAAUCAAAAUGCCUCAGUGGGAACAUUAAUUCACAGGUGCUUGUAUUUUCCAAUGGACAUGCGUGGUGCCUUAUUGAUUAAGCAAUGAUUUAAAUAAAUUUUAUGAAAUUCAAUGCAAAGUAACGUUUUUAUGAAACAAUUUCAGCCAUAGUUUGGCAAAGAAAACCAAUCACUGAUCAAAAUAUCACAAACAUUGUCUGGUUUAGAAAAAAAUGGCAAUGAGUUGUUUGAGAGCCGAACCAACUCUAAACCACUAAAACACAUCAGCACAUCUGUAUGACGUCACUGAAGAGCUGGAUGUGGGUUUGAAAAAGAGAUUUACACAGAAGAUUUUGGGUGAGACAGAUUUUCAUAGCUACAGAAGCAUUUUUUUUUUUUUUUUUUGCUGAUCAACUAUUUAGAGUUACUCUUACCACCCUAAAGUUGAUUAUUUUCCUAUAACAGCACAUCCCCAUAUGUUUCUUGUUAUACCACAGCAGUUUGCCAAUGAUUACAGUUUUUUAUUAAUUAAAGAACACCAUGUCAUAUUUUUUAUCCAUUUAUAGAUACAUAGAAAACUAUUUACAUGUAAUGCCUUUAAUGCUGGUCAUUGUGUGUAUGUGUGUGUGUGUGUGUGUGUGUGUUCUUUAGUGCACUCUGCAUUUUCCUUUUGAUUUUAAAUUCAGUGCUCUUAGACUGUUCCUUUGUGAACUGUUUAAAUAUCAUGGGUUCUUUUAAAUCAUAUCUUGUGUUGUUGUUGUUGUUGUUGUUGUUGUUGUUGCUUUUCCCCAGAAUAUUUUGCAAAGGUUAUGUAAUAAGUAUGUCUGUCCUGUGAUCACAACUUAUGUAUUUCAACUCUCUAUAAGAUAAAUCACUUUUGUUAUCAUGAGUUCAUGAAGUGCUUUGUUUCCAAGGGACUGUUUGGCUUUUUUGUUUAUGAGUCCACUAGAGGUCACUCUAAACCAAGAAAGGAAAAUGUCCACCACUUUUUUUUCCCUCCCCCCAGUUUUAUCUAGUUAAGAAUCAGUUAAGAAUUGCCACAAACAGGAACGAUUUUAGGACAAGUUAUGGUUUAUUGGUGCUUAAUGCUAAGAUAGGAAUAGUUUUGCUUUUAUAAGAUAUUUAUCCACUGGAAAGACAAUUUUAUCCAAAUCAACUAAAUCUAAUAACUUGAUAUAAGAGAAGAUAAAACAAAACUGAUCCAAAAGGAAUUUUUUGUGGCAACUUGCUCAACACAAUACAAAUACCAAUAAGUAGAUCUGGCCAAAAAUAAAUAAACAAAAUCAAAUAAAAUCUGCAGAUAUAAACCUAUAAUAUGUAAUAAACGAUUUUAUUACAGCCUGAUAUCAACCACACAAUGGAAAAUGCUGCCUUUCAAUUUUGCAAAUAUUACCAUGUCAGCUAGCUCAUUCCCUUAUAAUGUCUGGUGCUGAUGUUUGCUUCAUUAGUUUCCAUAUUGUAAUUUGAAUUUUAAGUUAUAGCCCCGCCUUCAAACUUUAGGCCACACCCCAUACCUGAGUCUAAUGCUAUGGAAGAAAGUGAUUAAAGAUAAAGCUGUUUUUUUUUUUUUUUAUCAAGGUGAUGUCAUUUUGUCCAUGUUUAUAGAUGACAGUGUGUCAUACAAGUCAAGUCUAUUUGGACAUGCAAAUCAUGUGCAAAAAUCUUGAGAAGUAAAUAAAACUAAAUAUGUCUUGGU